AUGGGGGACAAUGAGAGCUGGAUCCCCCAAGACGCCAGUGAUCGAGGCUUCCCCCAAGCUUUAGGGCCAUAUAAUGGGUCCAGCGCUGAGGCCGUCUGGACCAAUCGAAGCUCCCUUGGGGUCAGUACCUUGGAAAGCGGAGAGGAUAGUGAGGCUCAGACCUAUCGGCAUUUCACCACAACCGUGCAAAUUGUCAUCUUCAUUGGCUCUUUAUUAGGAAACUUCAUGGUGUUGUGGUCGACCUGCCGCACAACUGUGUUCAAAUCUGUCACCAACAGGUUCAUUAAAAACCUGGCCUGCUCAGGGAUCUGUGCCAGCCUGGCGUGCGUGCCUUUUGACAUCGUCCUCAGUGCUAGUGCCCACUGUUGCUGGUGGAGUUACACCAUGCUCUUCUGCAAGGUGGUGAAGUUCUUACACAAAGUGUUCUGUUCUGUGACUAUCCUCAGCUUUCCCGUCAUUGCUUUGGACAGGUACUACUCAGUCCUAUACCCAUUAGAGCGAAAAAUCUCUGACGCCAAGUCUCGUGAGCUGGUGAUGUACAUCUGGGCCCAUGCUGUGGUGGCUAGCAUUCCUGUGUUUGCUGUGACCAAUGUGGCUGACAUUUAUGCCAUGUCUACCUGUACAGAUGUCUGGAACUAUAACCUGGGCCACCUGUUGUAUGUCCUGAUCUAUAACAUCACUACUGUCAUCGUACCUGUGGCCAUGGUCUUCCUCUUCAUGAUUCUCAUUCGCAGGGCCUUGAGCGCCAGUCAGAAGAAGAAGGUCAUCAUUGCAGCUCUCCGGACUCCACAAAAUACCAUCUCAAUCCCUUAUGCCUCCCAGAGGGAGGCUGAGCUGCAUGCUAUGCUGCUAUCUAUGGUGAUGAUAUUCAUCUUAUGUAGUGUCCCCUAUGCCACCUUGGUUGUCUACAGGGUGGUGCUCAAUGUCUCCGAUACAUCAGUCUUCCUGCUACUCACUGCCAUCUGGUUGCCAAAAGUGUCUCUCCUGGCCAACCCUGUACUCUUUCUGACUAUAAAUAAAUCUGUCCGCAAGUGCUUGGUGGGAACCUUGGUUCAACUUCACCGCCGAUACAGUCGUCGCAAUGUGGUUAGUUCAGGGAGUGGGGUCCCUGAUGGGACCCUGGAACCCAGUGUGCGCUCAGGAAGCCAGCUUCUGGAGAUGUUCAACAUUGGACAGCAGCAGAUCUUCAAGUCCACAGAGGAUGAGGAGGAGAAUGAGAUCAAGUCCAUUAGCUCCACCAACUACCAGGUAAAGGAAAUCCCCACCGAUAGCUUGGAGGAAGAACAAGAGCUACAGUUUGCCACUCUGCCAGCACCACCUGGUACUGUAGAUCCUAUGGGUCAUGGAGUGCUGGCAAUGCCUGCAGAGGUCGAGGGGGCCCCUGAAAAAUAUUCCCUACAAUUUGGCUUUGGACCCUUUGAGCUGCCUCCCCAGUGGCUCUCAGAAAACCGAAAUAGCAAGAAACGGUUACUUCCUCCGCUGGGGAACACUCCGGAGGAACUGAUCCAGACCAAGUUGACCAAGCCAGGCAAGGUGGAGCGGAAGAUCAGCAGAAACAAUAAAGUCAGCAUCUUUCCAAAAGUGGAUUCUUAG